GGACCAAGAUGGCUGCGCCCGUAGGAGACGCCGGGGAGUUUGAAAGCUGGCUAAAUAAUCGUCUGGACUCGUUAGAAGUGGACCGUGAGGUAUAUGGCGCAUAUAUUUUAGGAGUCCUGCAAGAAGAGGAGAGCGACGAGGAAAAAGAAGACGCUCUUCAAGGAAUAUUGUCCGCAUUUUUGGUGAAUAUUUAAAGCGGCAUGUCACUCUCUGCCACUGAGGACGUGUUUUUGCAUGUGCUGCUGUCUGUCAUGUUUACCAGGCCGUGUUUAGUGACAGCACUGAUAUCAGCUGUUACAACUGUGGCUUUAACAAGACAUUAGACUCAGUCAUCUCUCUACAAAUGGAGUCCAGACACCGAAGAUGGGCACGAACGCUGUUCCCACCCACCCAGCCAAAUCCCGCUUAAAAAAAAUGUAAUAUUUACUUUAAUGUGAUCUAAUCUGUACACGGAGGUAGUAAUCCACUUGUGCUCGAAAAAGAAAUACAUUUUCACAUUUCCUGACAAAUUCGGCUCCGAAAUAUAACCUAAAAUUUAUACCGCCACCUGUUAAACUAUCUGCCUUUUACAUAAAUCAGACUAGAACCAAAGGGUGCUGUUGGUUUGGGGCGUAUCAUUCAAGCCCUAAACCAAACCUGAUCUCAUAUUACCAUUUGUGUUUAUGCAUGGGCAUGAACGGUCUGUAUAUUUUAAGUAAUUGAAAGGGGGAAUCAAGAAGUGUCAUUGUUGAUUAACUGUUGUUGUCACUUGUAUGCAGGAUGAGGACACAGUGGCAGACAUCUGCAAACAGAUCAUCACACAGUGGACAGAACACUGCAGCCGAUCAGCAGCCAGCAAAGAUUCUGAUGGUAGUUCUUCUUAUCUUCUGGUUUCUUUUUUCAUUCUCAUGUAAAAUGUUAAAAUUGUUAACACUUGCUUACUGUUCAGGUACAGUGCAAACAUUUAUGAAAUAAUGAUAAUAGAUAAUGAUAAAGCUCAACUCAACUCAACUUUAUCGGUAAAGCACUUUUAAACAACCACAGCUGAACAAAGUGCUGUACUUAGGUAGAAAAAACAAUGCAGACAUAAAAAAACAAUCAAAAAAACAAUUAAAACAGUGGAUAAAAAAAGGAGAUAUUAAAAUGUAAAAUAUAGUUUCAAUGUUUUUGAAAACUAAUUUAAAAACGUUGACACAAAUAACUAGAAACAACCCAUAAAACACAUAAACAGAAGUCUCGUGCAGAGUUGAAAGCCAAUGAAUAAAAAUGGGUUUUAAGAUGAGUUUUAAAAAUGGACAGUGUGGGAGCUUUCAGCAGUCCCAACUGAAAAACCAGGAAAAUAGAGUAGUCAUAAAACUUAUGUAAGAGACAGCAGGCUCAUCAUCUCAUUUAAAUCUUGAGUAAACAGCCAAGACAGCUUGCCUCGGAUUUAGCCGUCAGUACCAGGUAAACAUGCAGAGGGUUGAGAUCUUUGAGUUUUAAAAUGUUUGUUUUGAAUUAGGGCCAGAGUGCAAGCCACUUCUGUCUUAGACCAAGAGAGAGAGAGAAAAAUAAAAACAGUACCUCUGACUGCAAAAAGUUUUAAUGCCGGAGAGCUGUUUCCACCCCUGUGUGUACUGUCAGUGUUAUUAUGGGAAAGAGACGAAGAGGCUGUUUACUGUGUACAUAACUAUAAGGAUGUGUAUACAGUCUGGAUCCUCAAGCUCAGAUGGGAAUCUCUUUGGGUCCUUCUGUUAAUGUAUAUUCACAUAGAGGGUAGAAAGUUGGAACUUAUAACACAAGUUGACAUACCAAAUAUUUUUUAUCACAGUUUUUUGGAUGUUUUCUGUCUUUUUUUUUUCUGUAGCCGAGGUCCAGGCCAUCGCAAGUAUGAUAGAAAAACAGGCCCAGAUCGUGGUGAAACAAAAAGAAGUGUCUGAAGAAUCCAAGAAAAGGAAAGAAGCCCUUCUCGCUCAAUAUGCUAACAUAACAGAUGAAGAGGAAUAUCCUUCACUUUGGAGUUUUAGCUUAAGAGAUACCAAGGCGGUAGGGAUGGGAAUCAAGAACCGGUUCUUGUUGAGAACCGGUUCCAAAAAGUUCAAUCCAUCGACAUCAUUUACAUUUUAUCUCAACAAUUCCCUUAACUAUUCCUUUCUUCAAGGUGCCUUGAAAAACGGUCUCGUGAGAGCCAAUCUACGUGAAUGAGAACAGGUCUUUGAGGAAAAAAACAUGGCAAAUGGUACGAAAAGUAGGCAGAAACGAUCUAAAGUGUGGCUUCAUUUUACUAAGAAAGACAACAACAGGUUUUGUAUGGAAGUUUUGAGUUUGUGUACCAUGGACUAACUGAGGUAAAAGCACAUAAAAAACACUCCAAAAUUUUGUUUGAUUAUUUUUAGACUCUCACUGAAGGUGGCAUACAUCUUUUUCUGUUAUCAGAGACCUCAUAAAAUUUUGGGAUAAUGGUGAAAACCUAUAGUGUACUUUUUCUUUGAUUUAAAAAAAAAAGGCAUUGUUAAGGGAAUCGUUAAAGAAUUGAAUCGAUAAGCACAAUCGAUAAAGGCAUCAAUAUCGAUAAACUCUUAUCAAUUCUCAUCCCUACAAGGCGGUUUGGUGUUUCCCAUCAUUUACCACUCUGCCUCUUAGCAGGCAGGAAGUCUGACCAUGAGUAUUUUAUUCACUUGCAUGCUAGUUACGUUCUUUACACCAGUCAUGAUCCACAAGAUAUCAGCUCUUUCCUUGACUGAAGCACGGAAGCUGAAGAAGAGGAGCCAACAAGUGCAACUAACUUUGCUGCACAGGAGAAGUGUAUCCUUUAAAUCAGUGGUUCUCAAGUCCAGUCCUCGAGGCCCACUGUCCUGCAUGUUUUGGAUGUUUCCCUGCUCCAACACACCUGAUUCAAAUGAUUAGCUCGUUAUUAAGCCAUUACAGAGCUUGAUAACGAGCUGAUUAUUUGAAUCAGGUGUGUUGGAGCAGGGAAACAUCCAAAACAUGCAGGACAGGGGGCCUUGAGGACUGGACUUGAGAACCACUGCUAUAAUUAAUCUAAUAUAUCUCAUCUCCAAAAUGCAAAGUACUCAUGCGUUUGAAAUUGUCCUUGACUCAAAAGUCUCAGCUCUCUUUAAGAACACCAACGUGGAGGAGGUCCUCAACAGACAGAAGCAAAAACGAGAACAGGCUCGGGAAGAUGCUCAGAAGAAGAAAGAGACGGACAAGAUGCAGCGGGAGAAGGACAAACUAGCCAAACAAGACAGAAAAGAGAAGGAGAAGAAGCGUACACAAAAAGGUGAACGCAAAAGAUAAAACCAAGAGAAAGGACACUUUACACGUGAGAGAAGUGUUUAAGACAAAGGUUAAAGAACAAGAGCUAUCAACUCUUUUUAUCUCACCAUCAUCAACAAAUUCUUUGUGUUUAUAUUUUAAUCUGACCCUCUUCAUUAUUACUUUUUGAACACUUUCUGAUGUGAAAAUGAAUAUUCUAGAUGUAGUUCACACUCCAAAUUAAGGUCUUUCUUUCUUGAAUAGUUUUGCACAGAUAGAGCAAGAUUUCAACUCAAUACUAAAAACACUGAGGUGACUAAGUUUAGGCUUUUGUCAGAAUUGGUGGAAUGUGCUUGGCCAAAUAAUCAAGUUGAAGACCCCAAAAAUAAAUUUGAUAUAAUACAAAAAAGGGGGUUGGAGGAAAGUACUUAAACUUGGUUCAGUUUUGAAAUCCUCUGAGCCAGUGUCUCACAAAUGCCUUUAUGAUUUCUGUGCAACUUAAAGAGGUUUUUUUUGAAAGUCUCAGCUGCGUAAAAAAGAACAAAGGAGCAGCGGCUCACUUAUACCUCAAACUACCAUGUACCAUAAAUGCUGUUUAUGGUGGGAGUGAUCAUCUUUAUAAAUCAAUAAAAAAUAAACAUUUUCAGCAACUGGGA